UGACGUAUAAUCUAGUGGACGGAACGCUUCUUCAACAACUGCAGCCACCUUGGUAGCUCGCUAGCCAACAAAUUCGGAACAUUCAAGUUCUUUAGACAAUUUCGUGGUUAUUUGCCACUAUGAUUUAAACAUAGUUAUGUGGAAACAACUAGCUACCCCAUUAAAUGUAAUAUUUACGUUGUAAGUAGCUAGCUGGUUAAAUUAGCACUAGUCUAGUUGCUAAUGCUAACUAGCUAACAUCCCCGACCAUGAGCUUACUAAGCUACUCUCCUCCUGCUAAAGAAGAUGAGGCCUGCUGGACAGAGAAAGAAACGGAUGUUACAAAACAAAAACAAGUAGAGGAUGAGACUGUUACAGUGAAAGAAGAAGAAGAGAAAGACGUUUCAGUGAAAGAAGAGGAAGAUGCGUUCAGAGUGAAAGAGGAGGAGGAGGAUGUUACAGUAAAAGAAGAGUCCGAGAAAGAGGAGGAUGCAGUUUAUGGAGUGAAAGAGGAGGAUGGGGAGAUGACCUUCACAUCCAUAAAGGAGGAGGAGGAAACUGGAUAUCUGGGCCCGGUUUCCCAAAGGCAGCUUAAGGCCAGUGGUUCUAACGAUGAAUUUAACCAUAAGGUGGUUUUUGGAAACCGGGGCCUGGUUAAUACUAGAGAGAGACUUGAUUAUCUCGGGUCCUCUGGGGAGUCUACAGAAGAGAGACGUGACUAUUGUGGGUCCUCUGGGGAGUCUCAACAACCUCAUGAAGCUGACAAGGCAGAUCAGAGUCUCUCCAAAUCAGAACACCUCAAGAAACACCAACAGAGACCCACCGGGAAGAAAUGUCAUUGCUGCUCUGACUGUGGGAAGAGAUUCAACUCUUCAGGAGACCUUAAACUACAUCAAAGAAUUCACACUGGAGAGAAAUCUUAUGGCUGUGAUCAAUGUGGGAAGAGAUUUACUGAUUCAAGCAGCCUGAAAUCACACCAGAAAACACACACACGAGAUAAAUCCUAUAGCUGUUAUCAAUGUGGGAAAAGUUGUACUACAUCUAGCCAUCUAAUUGUACACCAGAGAACACACACAGGAGAGAAACCUUUUAGCUGUGAUCAAUGUGGGAAGAAAUUUACUGUGUCAAACUCCUUGAUGGUGCACCAGAGAAUACACACAGGAAAGAAAUCUUAUAGCUGUAGUCAAUGUGGGAAGAGUUUUACUCAACCAGAAAGCCUGAUUGUGCACCAGAGAAUACACACAGGAGAGAAACCUUAUAUCUGUUAUCAAUGUGGGAAAAGUUGUACGACAUCUAGCCAUCUAAUUGUACACCAGAGAACACACACAGGAGAGAAACCAUUUAGCUGUCAUCAAUGUGGGAAGAGUUUUGGUACAUCUAGCCAUCUAAUUGUACACCACCGAACACACACAGGAGAGAAACCUUUUAGCUGUAGUCAAUGUGGGAAGAGUUUUAGUCAAUCUAGUGAUCUGACAGUGCACCAGAGAACACACACAGGAGAGAAACCUUAUAGCUGUGGUCAAUGUGGGAAGAGUUUUGUUCAAUCUGGCCAUCUGACAGUGCACCAGAGAACACACACAGGAGAGAAACCUUAUAGCUGUGGUCAAUGUGGGAAGAGUUUUAGUACAUCUGGGUAUCUGACUAUACACCAGAGAACACACGCAGGGGGGAAACUUUGUAGCUGUCAUAAAUGUGACAAGAAAUUCUCAGAUAAAAGACUUCUGAUCAAACAUCAGAAAAUACAUACAUGAAGCAAUUGUUUCUUGAAAUCAAUGAAAUAUCCCACCUAGCAAAAUGCAAUUGAAAAGACAUUAAAAAGAAGACUAUGGCCGAAGUCCAAAAUUCGUUCGGUUUUACUUGAAAGUUAAAAAUAUGUAUUUUCUGUGGGUUUUUUUAAUUACUUGAAAACGACUUAAUUUCAAUGUACUUGCAGCCUAUACACAUGGACGCAGUAUGAUAAAUUAGUCUGUCAUCAAUUUUAUUAACAAUCUGACAUCACUCCAGUAUUUCUUGACACAUUCAAAUGCUAAUUGUCUUUAUUCCACUACUGAAGAAGCAUGUCUCCAAUCACCCCAUAUUUCAAACAUUCAGCCUGACAAAAGAUACAUAUUUUAUUAUUCCAUGCCUCACCAUUAAGUGAAUUAUUGCCAAUACAUAUUAACAAAGGG